GAUAAGGCUUUCAUCUUCCUUUGGUAUAUUCCCUUUCUCUCUCUAGACUCUUCUUUCUACGUUAUUUUAUAUAAAAACUCUCUAGGUUUCUCCAUGUGUAUCUGCUUUCUCAACACCAGUGUAAACGAAAGCUAUGUCGAUUGCGUUUGAGAGGAACAAUACAACUGAUCAUCAGAUCGAACGUCCAGGAUUCGUGCACGGAAUGCCUUUUGUUACGAUCUAUAAGUCGCCGGAUCUAGGCCUUCGGGUUCAGGUGAAGCAGGAAGAUGAGGAUGAUCGGACCUCUUCAUCCUCUUCUUCUUCCAUUGGUAGGAAUAGUGAUGACUCGCCGCCGGCAGGAGGAUCUUCAUUGGAUGGUGACGGAGAGGAGGUUCAGAGUCCUUUUAAACCUGGUGCUCUGGAUAAUUUGGAGUCUUUGGAGGAGGUUUUGCCAAUAAAGAGGGGCAUAUCAAGUUUCUAUGCUGGUAAAUCGAAAUCUUAUACUAGUCUAGCAGAUGCAGCAUCAUGUUCCUCGCUUAAAGAUAUGGUCAAGCCGGAGAAUGCAUACACUAGAAAACGCAAGAACCUGCUUGCUCAUAGCAAUUUCUUUGACAAGAACCGGAAUCACUUCCCAAGAAAUAAUAGCGGUGGGUUAUACAAGAGACCAAUAAACUCUAGAAGCUCAUUAGCUCUUGGUGCAACCUCGAGCUGCUCUGAGAGCAAUAAUAGUUCCGAGUCCUUGAACUCAAAUGCAUCGUCACCUCAUUUCUCUCUUCCUCCUCUACCUCCACAAUCAAGAAGAUAUAGCAUUGAGCCCUCAUCAUCACCUCCUGAACAGAAGCUUAGUCCAUGGAGGUCUUUCUCCUUAUCAGAUCUGCAAGGGGCUGCUACUGGAACUUCCAGCCUAAUGGGCAUAAAGGAAUAGAAUAUCUUGAUGAUAACUUAAUUUUGCGUCACCCUAUGAACCUAACAUCAGAUAGGUUUCAAUGGCGGUUGGCUUAUUUUAGAAGUUAUAGGGUUCAGGUUCUCGCCCUGCUUCUGUAUAUAUUCCUCAAGGCAUAAUACCAAGGUCUUUGGCAUCUUUAGAAUGUAAUUGCCUCUGCUUACUUCUGAACCUUUGGGCUUCCUCUGUAUCCUGUUGUAUAUUUCAAUUGUGGUGUUUGCCUAAUAUUAUGUUUUAGGUGUAUUCCUCAAUUUACACCUUUUGUGA